CUCCAAUAGAUCAUGUCCGUGUGUCGGAGGACGGUACUGAUCCUAAUUACCUUUGGAAUUUUGGAGCGAAGAUAUCCAUUCAGAUCAGAGCCUCGGUGUCAACUUGCUUCCUCCACACCGCGAAAAGUGAUAAUUCUGAUGGGUUUCGGAUGACGAAGUCGUUCAGCAGUGAGCUUCGACUCUGUUGCAACAUCCAAUCCUAAGGUGUCUUGCAGUCCAAGGUGAUCGACAGUAACCACCAGUCAUCACGAGAGUGCGAGGAAUCUGGAACAUGAACUUCUCAAAUUCUUGCGUUAGUCUGUAUGGCGUAGCUAGGAUUCUGUGACGCAAAUUCCAGCGGCGCGGACAUGGCGUCCUCAAUUCAUGUUGGGCAGUCGGUGUACUCUAUCCGUGUAAUCAAGGCAGCCUCUGCAGGGAAAUACUGUGCAGCGGCAAGGAAUUUGACAACGUUAGCUCUUCGUACUCGUAAGUCUGCGCGGCAAUGUUGUAGAGGUUUAACUUCCCCUCAUGUCUCGUUUACGAGAUUGGAAAAGCAACAGAGUAUUAGAGUCGGUGGCUCUUUCGAAAAACUUACAACCUUGCAGGUGCCGAAGAGAUCAUGUGCCUCUGGAGUCUGUUCCACUAGGGCUGGGAUUAAGAAGAAGAUAAAGAAAGCCUUGAAUGAUUUUGAAAUUAGUUUGCAGGAAGAGAGCGCACCAAAGCUCAAGGAUGUUCCCUUGAAGUUGGCUGUUUCUAUGCCUCUUCGAUUGGCAUCGUUUGAGGGGCUUUUUCUCGUUGGCUGGGUGGCAAGCUUGAGGGGUUUACUGCCUGGGUCGCGUGGUUUCUUCGCUGCCGCGGAUCUCAUCCUCUGUAGUGUUAUGUUGGCGAAUUUUGCUGUCGAGUGGUACGCUUUGGAGCAUAGCCGCAGUGAAAUAGGUGAAUUGCGUCGCGAAAUAAAUACUCGCAAAAUUAAGGCGGCUGGUGCAGGCUUCCUUGAGACCGCUUUCUCCCUAGCCUUAAGUUUUAUCCCUUUUGCAAAUUUAUUUAUGUGGAUGAGGUUUGCGAGUAAACAAAGGCAUUUGCCAGCGAAGCCAAAAGCAGCACUCGUUGCAAGCGCUAUGAUCUAUGAAGGGCCGCGUUUCUUCUCUCUUCUUUUGUUGAUAAGCGGUGGAUUACGAGUUUUUCUGCAAGUCGCUCUAGUGAGCAAUGUUGCAUUACUCUUUAGCGCAUUGCACCGGCCUUUUGCGGAGGCCCGUGUUAAGAACGAAAAAAUUCUCAUGGAAGUGUCUAGAUCUAAGAGAAUAAGCGGCAAGAAGGGACAAGAUCAAAAACCUAAGGAGAAGGAGAUCAGUGCAGAGGAGAAGGAACGACUCGACCGAUUGAGGGAGCUGCAGGAAUUCGACAUGCUUCUAGCGCAACGAUCCUCCCCUGACACUGGGUUAUUUUCUUCUAAGCCCAAGGAAUGGUCCGUCGGAGAGACAAUGGAGUGGCUAGGUCAGCAAGGGCUUGCAAGAUAUGCAACCAUAUUUGUAGAGAAUAACAUCGAUGGCGAGGUGCUUCUGCAGCUCAGUAAUGACGACCUCCGUGAUGAGCUUAAGAUCCAAAGCUUUGGUGAUCGGAAAAAGCUGGAGAUACUCAUACAGCAACUGAAGGAUAGAUGAGCACCAACGCAAUCAGGAUGUAAGAUGGUAUCAGUCGGGUGCUGCAUCCUUAUUGUUCCUGUAUAUAUCGUCAGUUUUAUAUAGUAGAGGUUUUAGGGUUUACUUUGGCAAGUACCAAAGCUCUCGAGUUACGCUCUCGUUGCCAAUUACACUACUGAAUUAGAGUAUUGUGAGAGGCGAUGCUACCUGUGUAUCAGUUAACUAGUUAAGGCUGGAUCAUGAAGUAUCUUUCACGCUCGGGUUUAAUGAAGAUGAUUUUACUCCA